GCUAACAAAACCAACAACACGUUAAAUAAAGGCUUCAUACAUAGUUCUAAAACAAAUUUUCGAUAAUAUCCGCGUUGUGUGUGCUAAAAAUAAAAAAAUAGUCAAUCAACAUUAACAAAAAUUGUAUAAUUCAUUAGAGAAGUUUAUUAAAGAGAUAGUUAUUGAAAUAUAACGUAAAACGGAACAACAAACUCCAUUUGAACGCCUCGUGUUCGUCAUCGGAGUAACAUUUUUGAUAUUUUAUAUCAGAAAAAGAAUCACAAUUGAAAACAAAUUGAAAAUAUUUAAAUAGAGUGAAUUUAAUUUAUAUUACUAAAUACUAUUAUUGUGGAAAUUUUGUGUUUAGAAGUUAAAAAUAAAAUUUUGGAAUUGCAGACAGAAACGCAGAAAAUUGAACAUUUUAAAAACCAUUUCAAGAGAACGAAAAAAUUACAGCCAUAGCACUUUGUUAUAUCUGAUUUGUGAAAUAAUUGUAAAAUAUUUAUUUUUACGUUGUCUUGCAAUAGGACUGUCAGUGCUAAUCUAUUUGCUAACGAAGAAUAAUAAUUUGACAUAUUGUGGUUCACUACUCGUUAGCGGAGGAUACCCCUUGAAUUAGCCUUUGUGUACUUUUCGAAUUCGUCGUCUAAAUUUUUGGCAGCAAUAUUGCUGGAGUAACAAAGUUUUGCAAGAUUGUGUACCAUGGCAGACGUUACUGACGCCAGUGGUGUUUUCGACCUAGAGCUGCAUGAGGAGGAAAACCCUCGAGAUUCAGACGAUGACAGGAUCGAGUUGGAUGAUGUCGAUUUAGAACCCGAAUUAAGUAUAAACAAUAUCCAAGAAGAAGUUGAAGGACAGGAAACUAUACAGUUGUCAGAGGAAACUGUAAAUCCCGGUAAAAUAAAGCUAGGUCCCAAAGAUUUUGAGCUAAAGAAGGUACUAGGUAAAGGUGGUUACGGCAAAGUUUUUCAGGUGCGUAAAACUGCGGGCAGAGACGCCAACAAAUACUUCGCCAUGAAAGUUCUUAAAAAAGCCUCAAUAGUCACAAAUCAAAAAGAUACAGCACAUACUAGAGCUGAAAGAAAUAUAUUGGAGGCUGUAAAGCAUCCAUUCAUCGUUGAGCUUGUGUACGCGUUCCAAACUGAUGGAAAGUUAUAUUUAAUUUUGGAAUAUUUAAGUGGCGGUGAAUUAUUUAUGCAUUUAGAGCGUGAAGGCAUAUUUUUGGAGGAUACAACAUGCUUUUAUCUAAGUGAAAUUAUACUAGCUUUGGGACAUUUACACAAAUUGGGCAUUAUUUAUCGCGAUUUGAAGCCAGAAAACAUCCUCUUGGACGCACAAGGACAUGUAAAAUUAACUGAUUUCGGUUUGUGUAAAGAACACAUUCAAGAAGGUAUCGUUACGCACACGUUUUGUGGCACAAUAGAGUACAUGGCACCUGAAAUCCUAACUCGUAAUGGCCACGGAAAAGCAGUUGAUUGGUGGUCGUUGGGUGCUUUAAUGUUCGAUAUGUUAACAGGAAUGCCACCAUUUACUGCUGAAAACAGAAAGAAAACCAUCGAAACGAUUUUAAAAGCUAAACUAGUUCUACCUGCCUACCUCACGCCCGAAGCUAGAGAUUUAGUGCGUCGUUUGAUGAAACGCCAAGUGCCACAAAGACUGGGAAGUGGUCCCGAAGAUGCGGCCGCCGUACAGUCACAUCCAUUCUUUAAACAUGUUAAUUGGGAUGAUGUAUUGGCCCGGCGACUGGAGCCACCAAUCAAACCCAUAUUGCGAAGUGAGGAUGAUGUGUCUCAAUUCGAUACAAGAUUUACAAGACAAAUACCAGUUGACUCUCCAGAUGACACAACGCUUAGCGAGAGUGCAAACUUAAUAUU